AUGACGCUCUCCAGUGAGUUUGAAGCUUCUCAUGCUGCUUCGCCUUUGGGAGAAGAUGAAAUUGACAUCGUCGGAGACGGAGAGCAGCGGACAGGCAACUCACGGCCGUACCCCACAGACCCCGGGUCCUCACUCGAGUUCGAGUGCUCCGAGUCCGACUCCUCCGGGGAGAGCGAGAACAGCUUCUCCUCCUCAGACGCGUCUCUGACAAGGAGGGCUCUGACCAGCUCGGUCAAGCCCCCCUACUCUUACAUCGCCCUCAUCACCAUGGCGAUCCUACAGAACCCGCAGAAGAAGCUGACGCUGAGCGGCAUCUGCGACUUCAUCAGCAACAAGUUCCCUUACUACAAGGAAAAGUUCCCUGCGUGGCAGAACUCCAUCAGGCACAACCUGUCACUCAACGACUGCUUCAUCAAGAUCCCGCGAGAGCCCGGAAACCCUGGCAAGGGGAACUACUGGUCACUGGACCCGGCCUCCGAGGACAUGUUCGACAACGGCAGUUUCCUACGGCGAAGGAAGCGGUUCAAGAGGAACCACCCCGAGUUCGGGAAGGACGGAUUCCUGUUUUACCCCAACUUGUACCGUUCCUACGGGCAGCCCUACUGCGUCCAGGCGCAGAUGAGCUCACCGACGGCCACUAUGUGCAUACCCCUUCAGGAAGGCAUCAUAGGGAUUCCCCAGUCCCCAUACCACGGUGUCCCUUACCCGGGAGGACUUACUGCGUAUGGAAAGGUCACCGGACCAAAAGACUAUAAAGACCAGCAGUUUGGCACAGCACCCGCGGAACCGAAGCCCUGCACGCGGAACGCGCAGUCCACGUGUUCCUUCAGCAUUGACAGCAUCAUGAGCAAACCGUCUUCCCAACGCAACCACGUCACCAUGAGUUACGGGGGCCACCUAUUCAACGGGGCCCCCACAGGCUGUCUGGUCCCGGGGCUCCUCCAGGAUUCAAGGACUCCGUUCUGUCCGUCUUUGUUGAGCAGUGUGACAGAACAGGUUCAAAUGUCUUAUCCUCGGUGUUAAGGCUUUGGGCCCAAAGAAAAAAACUUGAUCUGAUAUGAAUUGAUGUUUUAGGCCUCAUGCGAUGGACGCAAAGACCCUCAAAGCUGUGAUUGCAUGUUUAUUUAUGUUAACAUUUGUAGUUGUGUCCGACUGGAACCAUGUAAAUAAGAUGAGUAAUAAUAUAUUUGUGAAAAGAAAUUCCAACAUAAUUGUUGAAUGUAUUUUGUGAAGAA